AUGGCGGCGCAGGGAAGGGGCCGGGUGUGCGGCGGCAAGGAGGAGCGGGGGUCCGGGCGCCCGGCGUUGGAGCUGCUGCUGCACCCGGAGCUGCUCUCGGAGGAGUUCCUGCUGCUCACCCUGGAGCAGAAAAAUAUACGAGUCAAAAACGAUGUAAAGAUGGACAAAGAUGGUCUCACUGAUCUUUAUAUUCAACAUGCCAUUCCCCUGCCUCAGCGUGACUUACCAAAAAGUAGAUGGGGGAAAAUGAUGGAAAAGAAAAGACAGCAAAAUGAGUUGAAAAGUGAGAAUAAAAGUGUUACGAUGGUGGAAGGUUUAAGGAAACGGCCAUUAAUUGUAUUUGAUGGCAAUUCAACAAGUACAAGCAUAAAGGUGAAGAAGACAGAGAACGGAGCUGCUGAUCGCCUAAAACCUCCUCCAGCUGGAAGCACCACCAACACUGUUAGAAGAUUAUCAGUUCCUUCAAAUGCCUCAACAUACAUUUCAGCUUCCAGUUUAUCAGAGGACGCUAAGCUGGGAAUGAGGAAUAAUGAGGCUAAGCAGAACAGUAUUUCAAAGACUAACAGCAGUGUGUUGGCUAGUCUGAAGGUGUACCCUUUAUCUCCAGUAGCAGGAACUACUGUUGUGAAGUUAAAGAGAGCUGUUCCAAAAGAAGAAUCUGAUUUGCCGAAUGACCUAAAGCCUACGGAAGCAAAGAAGAAAAUCCAGCAUGUUACAUGGCCAUGAAGUAGCUAAUGGUGCUUGAAACAUAAAUGUUACUUCCAUAUUUUCAAACAGAUAAGUCAUAUUUAAACAGUUUAAGUAGAAUUCUUUUUAAACCUUACAGGGAUUGAGAUUGCUGUGAAGUUUUAACAAGUUUAAAAGUUCCCUGUUGUAAAGCUGGAGUCAUUAUCACCAGUCACCUUAAGAGUGUCUACUCUUGUACACCAGGUAGUUCAUUACUUCUUUAAAAGGUGGUAAUAUUACAAUAUACUAAACCCCCCACUUUUAGUUUUCAAGAUUAUUAUAGUUCAUCUCCUGCAUGUCACUACAAUUCACACAUAAAGAUGGCUUUGGGGUUUUUUUUGUUUCAGUAAGAUUCAGUUUUGUUCCACUUCUGGUUAAAUACUUAAAAUAGCUAUUGAGAUUCAGAGUGAUCCCAAGAGCCUUCUUGGCUUUAAAAAGGUAAUUAAUUUAGAUGAGAAAACUGACCAUUCUGCUAAGAUAGUCUGAGACAAAAUUUUUUCAUUUUUGUUGCACAGAGCAGGAGUGUAGAAUUUACAGGGCAAGUUAGGUUGGUAAUAAGAGAUGAACUAUUUUAACAGCAUUACUUCAAAUUGAAGUUUCUCUUAUUGAUGUAUGAAAUAAGAAAUGCACAGAUGGAAGUAUGUUAUUAGACUGUUUGAUAUGAAUCUUUGAGAGGAAGUAGUGAAUGGAUCAGUGCCAUGUUCUCUUAAAUACACAGGCAUAUUUUAUACAUGCAUAAGUGUAAAAGUGUGCCAAUGUAGCAAAUUUGCUUGUUUUCCUGGUUACAAUCAUGCUUAUAAAAUAUGGGGAAAACCUGUGGAAUGCAGGCCAGUGCUUUCUCAACUUACUAGCAGUUGGAGAGGGACAGGGAUAGGAAGACAAAGUACCACCUUGAAAGCAUUAGCGUAUGUAGCUGCACUCUUAAAAAAACCAACCAAACCAACCAACCAACCAACCAAAAAAACCACCAAACCAAAAAAUCCUGUUUUCCCUUCCUUUGAUAAUUUAAGAUGGAUGUUGGUUUUCUGUGAAACUUGGUGUUUCAUCUGGACUAUUGGUAGCGCCUCGUAAGGCAGAACUCCAGUUAAGUUGAUGGAAACAUUUUUAUUAAAUCUCAGUGGCUCAGGGUGAAGCCAGUUUAGAUCCAUUUUAGAUAUGGAUGAUAAAUAAUAGUAACGCUCCCAGACUUAGUAAAACAAAAAACCAAUCAACUUCUGAAUCGACUUAACCCACUAAAAGAAGCUGUCAGUAGUGAUCUGAAAGCUUGUUUACAUUUUUAACAUUGGUUGACAUUGAAACUAAAAACUGUAGCUUAAUUCAUUACUGACAGAAGUUCUCCAUUCACUGUUAUGACAUAAAGGCACUUCUUGAAUGCUGUAAAAUGGUAAGAAUGUGUGUUUUGAAAUAUUGUGUGCCGUUUCCCUUUACUAAACACUUGUGCAGUUUUUGUACUUGAGUACAGCAAACUUUAAUGUAAUGUACAUUUUGUAUGUAAAGAGUUGUCUUUUAUGUAGCCUUAUCCUAUUUAAAUAAAUUCAAUUAA